AUGAUGAACAGGUGGAACAUCUUGGCCAGAAGCAUAAGGCUGUUUUCCAGCAGCAGGCCACAAUUUUCCUUUGUUGGCGUUUCCCCUGUCCGUUUGGUAGAGGGCGUUCAGGUCAGCACAGAACAGAUUCCUCCAGAGUUCUGCAAAUCGUUCGUUAAGGGCAAACAGAGAUUCAUGCUAGAUCAGAAUAUCGUCGUCAAGGGACCAAAGGGUCAGUUGAAAACUCUUGUACCUAGUUUUGUCAAGGUCGAGCAAAAUGAAGACUUGAUCACAGUCCUGGUUGAUGAUCCAACCGACAAGGUCCAGAGAUCCAUGUGGGGCACAUCCAGAGCAAUUAUUCACAACAACGUCAUUGGUACUUCCGAGGGACACUUGGCCAUUGUCAAGUUCGUCGGUGUCGGUUACAGAGCCCUUUUGGAGGAGGAGAAUGGAACACAGAUUGUCGGAUUGAAGGUCGGAUACCCAUACACGCCCAAGUACAAAGUGCCUAGUGCCUUGAAAGCAUCCUUACCGUCCCCAGCACGUCUUUUAAUUGAAGGUAUCGACAAGCAGCAGGUGAAGUUGUUUGCAGCCAGAAUCAGAGAGUUCAAGAAGCCUGAGCCAUAUAAGGGUAAGGGUCUCUAUGUUGACGACGAGACGAUUAGACUUAAGCAAAAGAAGAUCAAAUAG